AUGGCCAACGCUCCUCACGGCGGUACCCUCAAGGACCUUUUCGCCCGCGAUGCCCCGCGCUCUGCUGAGCUGCUCGCCCAGGCCGAGUCCCUCCCCACCAUCACCCUUACCGAGCGUCACCUUUGCGACCUCGAGCUCAUCCUCAACGGUGGUUUCUCGCCUCUCGAAGGUUUUAUGACGCAGAAGGACUACGACAGGUACGUUUCGAAGAACUUUCUUUUCCUCUCCUAA